GCGAACCAACGCGUCCGCUUCAAGCCGCCUCGUCACAAUCGCCACGCUUCUUCCUCGACACGACACCCACCGCGCGCCCGACGCCUCUCCUCCCCUUCCUCCUCCCGCCGCCGGCCCUAGCUCUAGCUGGUGCCUACAUUCUCCGACCGAUCGCGGCCGACGCGCCCCUUAGGGACCUCAGCUGGCCGGCCCGCUAGCUCGUCUUCCCGCCGUCGCGGCCACUCGGCAGGAGCACGCACCGGCGCUUUCCGGCUCCCACGCCUGAAGCGCAAGGUCGGUCGCCGGCCGGCCACAGGAUGGAUGAUGAUUUUGCUGCAGCCGAAGCUGAGCAGCUUGAAGAGGUCCUCCGACUCUCAUCUCAGUCCGCGACGAUGGCAUGUGCGGUUUGCAGACUGAUGACAGUAUCACUGGAAGCAUCAUGGAAACCUGAGAAUUGUGAUCAUGUCAUCUGUAUUGACUGCUUCGCCAAAUACACAACAGAGACAGUGGCCACAGAGAUGCCAAAGUGCCCGGUUGCUUCUUGCAAAUAUCAUGUCGAUCCAGAGAUACAUGAACUUAUGGAAGUAGACGAUGAUGGCAGCCUGAUCGCAAUCAAAGAGAUCGAUGAUGGCAAAGGGAAGGAACAUCCCUAUAAUGGGCUGGAAGAAUUCGGGCAAUGUUCCGGCAGUGGCACGAUGAUGUGUGCAGUUUGGAGGUUGAUGACAGUAUCACUGGAAGCAUCGUGGAAACCUGAAAACUGCGAUCAUAUCAUCUGCAUCACCUGCUUCGCCAGAUACACAACCGAGACAAUGGCCACCGAGAUGCCCAAGUGUCCGAUUACUUCUUGUGAUUCUUUGUUGAAGCCAGACACGCCACAAGUGAUCGAUAUCGACGAUGAUGGUGAUACGGGCAGCUCAUCAUCGAUCAGAGCAAUAAUAGACAAAGGCAAGCAACCGUGCAACGACGUGCUGCAAGAGUUCGGCCAAUGUUCCAGCGGCACAGCAAUUGCCAACGACUUCUACUGCACCAUCUGCAUGGAGGAAGUGCCUGCCAUAGAAUGCUUCCCGGUCGACGGGUGCACGCACGCGUUCUGUGUCAGCUGCGUGAGGCAGUACAUUGCGGCGAAGGUGGAAGAGAACGUGCUGCCCGUCAGGUGCCCCGACCCGGGCUGCAAGGACGGCACGCUGCAGCCGGAGGCGUGCCGGGACGUGAUCCCGACGCCGCUGUUCCAGCGGUGGGGCGCGGCGCUCUGUGACAUGGCGCUCGAGGGGAUCAAGUUCUACUGCCCCUUCAACGACUGCUCGACGCUGCUGGUCGACGACCACCAGGACGGGGACGCGGCGAUAAGGGACGUGGAGUGCCCACACUGCUCCCGCAUGUUCUGCGCGCAGUGCAAGGUGCCGUGGCACGACGGCGUCGAUUGCGCCGAGUUCCAGCGGCUCGGCAAGGACGAGCGCGGGCGGGAGGACCUGCUGCUGAGGAAGGUCGCGCAGGAGAGCAAGUGGCGGAGGUGCGGCAAGUGCAAGAUGUACGUCGAGAGGGUGGAAGGCUGCGUGUACAUUGUCUGCAGGUGCGGCCACCACUUCUGCUACCUCUGCGGCUCUGAGAUGGCGAAGGGCAACCAUCGUUGCAGCAAGUGCAAGCGUACGUGGUGAUCGGUGAAUGGUCUGCAGAUGCCGCGACGCUACUUCAGGGAAGCAAGUUCGUCAUGUCAGUACUAUCGGCUUAAAAACUGGACAGUACUCUACUAGGGUAUUACUACUGAUUCAGUUAGCAUUGCUAGCUCGUGCAGCUCUGAUGCCAUUACUAAUUUUAGUUGACAUCAGAAGUGGCAACUGUAUGAGCUCCAUUAGUAAUCAUCACUAGAGUGUUGUUCUGGGGAUUAUUCCUGAUGAAGGAGCUGGCCAGUUUCUCAGUAAGAAACUAAUAGGCUCUAUAGCUUAGAGGCCUACUGGAUGUCAUGCAAACACUGUGCAUGUCGAUGACGGAAACUUUUUACUAUUAAUCUCUGCUAGACGGGUUUCUCUCGCCGUAACUCUGCACAUGACUGAAAAUCCAUCGUCCAUCCUGAUAGAAAUAGAAACGGCAUUCUGCAACCAAUAAUCCAUUUAAUCUGUUUGUGCACUACAUAAACACAUGGGCAUCAACAUUACUAUGAAAUUCCUAUGCUGCUGUUUGUGCUUGGAACAGUGGGCUGACACUCAUCAAGAUUACUAUGAAAUUC